GUACAAUUGUUCCUCAACAUUUGGUACAAUCCAACAAAACAACCAUGGCACCCUCAAUUAUGGAAACAGAACCUGCGCCUGACGUGUCAUUGAAGGCUGAAGCCAAAGUUGCACAAAAUGGAACUCUUAGACACGAAGAAUACCAAUACCUCGACCUCAUUCGCGAGAUCCUCGAGACUGGAGAACAUAGACCAGACAGAACCGGCACUGGCACAUACUCUUUGUUCGCUCCAAAGCCUCUCAAAUUCUCCCUUUCCUCUUCGGACGGCACCCCGAUCCUGCCCCUCCUCACGACAAAACGCGUCUUCCUGCGAGCUGUAAUCGCAGAACUUCUCUGGUUCGUCUCGGGCUCUACAUCUUCCCUGCCACUUGCAGAAGCUGGUAUUAAGAUUUGGGAUGGCAAUGGAUCGCGAGAAUACCUAGAUUCAGUUGGACUCUCCCACCGAGCUGUCGGUGACUUGGGACCUGUCUAUGGUUUCCAAUGGCGACAUUUUGGAGCGGAGUAUGUCGAUGCGCAAACGGAUUAUACAGGGAAAGGCGUGGACCAACUUGCAGAAGUUAUUCACAAGCUAAAGCAUAAUCCUUAUGAUCGACGAAUCAUUCUCAGCGCAUGGAAUCCAAAGGACCUGAAACUUAUGGCUCUACCUCCAUGCCAUAUGUUCGCCCAAUUCUAUGUCUCAUACCCGAAGCUAGAAAAUGGAGAGAAGGGGCAAGGAAGACUUGAUUGUCAGCUCUAUCAGCGCAGUUGCGACAUGGGACUUGGUGUUCCUUUCAAUAUUGCAAGCUAUGCUUUGUUGACGCAUAUGUUGGCACAUGUUUGCAACUUGAUACCUGGGACUUUCACGCAUACUAUGGGAGAUGCACAUGUCUACAUCGAUCAUGUAGAUGCUCUCAAGGUCCAGUUGACCAGAGAACCUAGAUCAUUUCCCCAGCUGGAGAUUGCAAGGGAGAAAGGCGGGAGUAUUGAUGGGUGGAAAGUCGAGGAUUUUGUGGUUAAGGGGUACGAACCACACAAGGGGAUUGCAAUGAAGAUGUCUGUGUAGAUUAAUGGGACAGGAGUAUACGGGUUUGGAUGCAUGAUGAAUACGAUUUAUUGAUACUUUUGCAACGGGAG